AUGAAAAGAGUCUUUGAGCAGAUUUCAGCUGCAGAGUUCGGACCAGCCUUUGAGCUGCGACUUUCUGGACUGGAUGGUCAUGACUUCAGAUGCAGGGUGCAGGACUGCAUGACAGGCAUUGAGUUGAUGGACUUGCUUUCUGAGCAACUGCCUCACAAAGAGGGCGCAGUGCUGAUGCUGGUGCUCCAGGAUAAGGAGAUUUGCCCAAAGAAGACACUGAGAGAGCAAGGCCUGCAAGAACUGCAAUUUAAUCAAAGUCUGGAAAAUGUGAUCCUGCCCAGAAGCUUACACAGCUUAACGUUUGGAGAUGACUUCAACCAGUCUGUGCUGGAUAUGAAUUGGCCAAGUGGCAUUUUGACAUUGACAUUUGGGCAUGACUUUGACCACUCUCUGGAAGGUGUUUCUUUGCCACAAAAUCUUCAGGCCCUGACUUUUGGCGUAAGCUUCAAUCAAUCAAUGGAUGACCUUGUUCUGCCAACUGCUUUGCAGGCCUUGACCUUUGGCGCCGACUUCAACAGACCGUUGGACCGUUUGAGUUUGCCCGAGCGUCUCGAAAGCUUGACCUUUGGCCAAGGCUUCAAUCAGCCUUUGGAUCGUGCGAAGCUGCCCAGUGGGCUUCUGUGCCUGACAUUUGGAUUUUAUUUCAACCAAAAGAUGGAUGGUGUAUGCCUUCCUUUGGGUCUUCGCAGUCUGGCUUUGGGCGACUCCUUCGACCAAGCCUUCGAGUUGACAUCAAGGCUUCCUCACUUGGAGACACUGACCUUUGGAGAUGCUUUUAAUCAGAGGAUUGAGGCGUUGCCAUCAAGCCUUCAGAACUUAACCUUUGGAGAUGAUUUUGAUCAGCCCAUCGAGCAUUUGCUCUUACCCUAUCUUCAGCGCUUGAGCUUUGGCCAUUGCUUUGAUCAGCUGUUGGGCGAUCGAUUGGAACUACGAUCUUUGACCAUUGGUGAUAGCUUCAAGCAGAGCUUUGAGGGGCAAAGCUUCCCCAAGCUGCGUGAGCUGUCCAUCGGAACCAACUGCAGCUUGGAUGGGGCACUUCUGCCCAGUUUGCGGUCUCUUCAAUUUGGCCCGGUGGCUGCCAGGCCACGUGCGAAAGAAUGUGGUCAGAGUGAGGCCAAAGAUGCAGUAUGGCAGUUCUUUGUGGAGUCAGUGCGGGAGAACUUGCACAUUGUCCUCACCAUGUCUCCAGUGGGUUCAGCCUUGCGGGUCCGCAUGCGGAUGUUCCCUGCCCUGGUGAAUUGCUGCACCAUCGACUGGUUCCUUCCGUGGCCGGACGAGGCCUUGCUUGGUGUCUCUGCCAGACAGCUCUCUGGAAUGCAAGGCAUUAGCGAUGAGGUCAGGGAUUCCGUUGCCAAGGCGUGCUGCUUUGUGCACCAAGAAGUGAUUCGAACCUCUGCUAUCUUUGAGGAUCGACUGAGGCGAAAGGUCUAUGUCACCCCAAAGUCCUACUUAGACCUCAUCAGUCUUUACCUGGAGAUGAUCCAGGAAAAGAAGGAUGAGAAAGACGUCUCUCUCAAGAGGCUCCAGACAGGUGUGGACAAGAUUGACGAGGCGAACUCCUUUGUGAACAACCUCCAGGAAGAGCUCACGAAGUUGGCUCCAGUGAUUGCUGAGAAGAUCAAAGAGGCGGACGAACUGGUGCCAGUGGUCACUGAAGAGCAGAAGAAGGCGGAAGUCAUCAAAGAGAAGGUCUCGAGCGAAGAGGCGACAGGGAUGCGAUCGCCUAUGACAAUGGUGGUGGUGCGAAAGCAAGCCGAUGAGGUCAAAGCCAUUGCCGAUGAUGCACAGAAAGACCUGGACAUUGCAAUGCCAGCCCUGGAAAGUGCCUUGAAGUCAUUGGAUUCCUUGGACAAGAAAGACAUCCAGGAGAUCAAGUCCUUCGCAAAGCCACCACCUUUAGUGAUGAUGACAAUGGAGGCGGUGAACGUCCUCUUGCAAGAGAAGCCUGAUUGGGAUACAGCGAAGAAAGUGCUCAACAGGUCAACGUUCCUGCAGGAUCUGAAAACCUUCGACAAGGACGUGGAGCCCGACAACAUCCCAGAGAAAGUCCUGAAGCAGUUGACGAAGUAUGUCACAAAGCCCGAGUAUACCGUGGAAGCAGUGGGCAACCAGAGUAAGGCAGCGAAGAGCUUGUGCAUGUGGACCUAUGCUAUGGACACUUACUCCAAGGUCGCAAAAGAAGUGGAGCCCAAAAAGCAGAAGGUGGCUGAAUUGAAUGAAAAGCUGGCCAAGGCCAAUGCAGAGCUCCAGGCCAAACAAGACAAUCUUCGGGACGUUGAAGCGCAAGUGGCGGCCCUGCAAAAGAAGCUCAAUGACACGAUUUCGGAGAAGGACCGACUUGUGGCAGAGUCCCAGCUUACCAAGGAGAGAUUGGGGCGUGCUGAUAUCCUCACUGUUGGUCUGAAAGAUGAAGGAGUGCGAUGGCGCGAGACAGUGUCGACGAUUCGGCAAGACAUCAUCAACCUCACUGGUGAUGUCUUCCUCUCUGCAGCGUCCAUCUCCUACUACGGGCCAUUCACUGGGGUCUACCGAAACGAUAUUGUGGACGCGUGGCUCAAGGAGCUAAAGAACCUGCAGAUUCCUUCGGGCGACAGCUUUGAUUUGCGUGAGGUCAUGGGAAACCCUGUGGAGAUUCGUGAGUGGAAUCUUCAAGGCCUACCAGCAGAUGCCGUGUCCAUCAACAACGGUGUCAUGGUGAUGCGAGGGAAGCGUUGGCCCCUGAUGAUCGACCCACAGUCACAGGGCAACAAGUGGAUCAAGAAGAAAGAGGGCAAGGACCUGAAGACGCUGAAAAUGACCAAUCCAAAGAUGCUUUUGAUUCUCGAAGGCUGCAUCCGCACGGGUGCUCCAAUGCUCAUGGAGGACAUUGAAGAGACACUAGACCCAGCCUUGGAGCCAGUCUUGCUAAAGGCGGUCUACGAAGACAACAACCGCCUUCAGAUCAAGCUCGGGGAUAGCGAGGUGGACUAUGACAAGAACUUCCUGUUCUACAUGACGACAAAGAUGCCAAACCCGCACUACUUCCCUGAAGUUUGCAUCAAGGUCACAGUGAUCAACUUCACCGUGACCUUCGAAGGCUUGGAGGAGCAGCUGCUCAACGAGGUGGUCUCAAAGGAAAUUCCAGAGACGCUACAGAGAAGAGUGGAGCUGAUGCUUCAGUUGGCGGAUGAUAAGAAGGUCUUGAAGCAGCUUGAGGAUAAGAUCCUGAAGCUCCUUUCAGAGUCAAGUGGCAAUAUCCUUGACGAUCAGGUGUUGAUCAGCACUUUGGGCGAGUCCAAAGAGACCUCCACGGCGGUGAACCAACGAGUGAAGGCUGCGGAGGAGGCAGCGGUGGAGCCACCUGGACGUUUUCAGACCGUCGCCACACGUGGCAGCAUCCUCUACUUUGUCAUCGCUGAUUUGGCCAACAUCAAUCCCAUGUAUCAGUUCAGCCUGUUCUACUUUGUGCGACUCUUUAAGAACUGCAUGGACAAGGCGGCCAAGAGUGAUGACAUUGACAUCCGCAUGACGAACUUGAGCAACCAGAUUCUCAACGGAAUCUUCCAAAAUGUCUGCCGAGGCUUGUUUGAAGACAACAAGUUGACCUGCAGUUUCCUGAUUGCCACCGCACUGCAGCGGCACGCUGGCGAAAUCAGCCCCACUGAGUGGUCUUUGCUCCUCAGGGGUGUUGGAUUGCUGGACAUGAGCGCUAAGCCUCCAAAUCCGGACACGGAUUUCUUCACCGAUAAAAUGUGGGACUUCGCCCUUUGCACUGCAAGAUGCCAGCAGGUCUAUGCCAUUCAGCAGUACUCAUUCGAUCGUUGUCCAGACUUGUGUGAACACAUCACUGAGAACCUCGAGGACUGGAAAGAUUGGGUCCGGACACCCGGCCGGAUCACCUCGUCGCUCGUCGACACGAAUGAGAACAGUCAGUUGCACUACUUCCACUACUUGUUGCUCCUGAAGGGCUUGGCACAAGAGAAGCUCUUGGUCGCCAUCCAGGAACAUACACGGAGGUGCUUGGGUGAGGAUUUCAUUAUCUUCCCCACUGCGACAGUGGCAGAGCUUUAUGCGGACUCCACUCGAAGUACUCCCAUUGUCUUCGUUUUGUCAACUGGUGCAGACCCUACCUCGAUGUUGCUCCGAUUUGCCCAAGAAGUGGACAUGGCCUCGACCAUGGGUGUCAUCUCCUUAGGGCAAGGGCAAGGACCCAAGGCCAAGACAAUGGUGGUGGAAGCACGGAAGAAGGGCACCUGGGUGCUCCUCCAGAAUUGCCACCUUUACAAGACCUUCAUGCCAGAGCUGGAAAAGAUGUGCGAAGAGCUGGAAGAGCCUUCGAUGACGCACAAGGACUUCCGUCUUUUCCUUACAAGUAUGCCGGCGGCGUACUUCCCCGUGCCUGUGCUGCAGAACGGCAUCAAGCUGACCACGGAGCCGCCCAAGGGACUUCGGGCCAAUGUCAUGCGCUCCUUCCUCCCUAUGUCCGAUGAGCAGCUCAACGACAGCGCGAAAACAAAAGAGUGGCGGCGACUCCAAUUUGGCUUGAAGUUCUUCCAUGCGGUGAUUCAGGAGCGGCGGAAGUUCGGUCCCUUGGGAUGGAACAUCAGAUACGAGUUUAACGACUCGGAUUUGGAAACAUCCACGACGAUCACCCACAACAUGUUGGAAUUGGAUGGAGCAAUUCCAUGGGAUACCCUGCUCUUUGUGAUUGGCCACAUCAACUAUGGUGGCCGCGUGACAGACGACAACGACAGGAAAUGUUUGUUGGCCAUCUUGGAAAAGUAUGUCACGCCAAAGAUCCUGGAGCCUGACUACAAAUUCUCAGACAGUGGCACAUACAGGUGUCCGGACAAUUCAGACGUCGCAGACAUUGAGCAGUUCCGAAAGUUCGUAGCGAGCUUCCCAAUCACGGAGCAGCCAGAGGUCUUUGGCAUGCACGACAAUGCCAACAUUAGCUUCAUGAGUCAGGAAGCUGAGAAGGUGCUGAGUGUCGUCCUCUCCAUCCAGCCACGCGAGGCAGGUGGUAGUGGAGGGAAGAGCUCGGAGGAGAUGGUGUUGGAAAUCGCCAGCGACCAAGAGCUAAGACUACCUGACAAGCUGAGCACUGAGAAUGCGCAUGCUGACAGCUUCGCCAUGAGUGAGGAGACUGGUCUGAUGACCUCUUUGGGAACCUGUCUCUCCCAGGAGAUGUCGCGCUUCAAUCGCUUAUUGUCUCAGAUGAGCUUGACCCUGAAGCAGCUCCAAAAGGCAGUGAAGGGCAUCAUUGCACCUCGGGCUGCGAGUGGGUAUGACAUCGAUGCAUAUGACACCUCUCGUGAGUUCUAG